GUAAUAUUAAACGAAUGAUCGUAACUAACACAACCUCACAUUUUUACUAGUUUAGUUAUAAUAUUUUGUUGUAAUUAUGAUUAUUGAUAAAGAUAUUCAAUUAAAAAUAAAAGAGUUUUUGAGAAAUUUAAAUUGUUGUAACAGAUGUAUUUUAAGAUAUUUUGGAUACAAUCAGUUUGAAAAUGGAUGUAGUACUUAUUUGUAUCCGGAAACAGAAGAUAUAUUUAGUGACGAUGUUUCGAAUGACAUUGAGUCAAAAAGAAUUAAAACAAAUCCUUGUAGAGCGUGCUUAGAUUUAUUAUCUAAUUCAACAAUGGAAUCUUGUGUGGAAUGCUUUCCACCGGGAUUUGAACAAUACGAUAUUAAUGAAUUUACAACUUUUAUAUCGUUACCAAUAUCAGUGUCUAUUCGUGAAUAUAGUAUGUUUAUUUCGUUGAAAGAUAAAUUUCCUGAGGUCUAUAACAAUUUGGGAUUUUCUAAUAUACAAGGUGUUAAAACUGUUUUUAAAAUAUCGUGUAGCGAUCUUAUGGCGGAAAAGUUGAGAAAAGUAUCCAGUAAAUCCGCAAAAUUUCAGGUUAAUAUAAAUAUUAAUUACAAGGAUGAAAAAAAAGAAACUGAAAAUUUAAGUAAACUUGAUGUAAAAAAAUUAAAUCGAGGUGCUGUAAAAGACAUUUUUGUUAAUUGUGAUGAUGAUACUUUUAAAAAACAUUUUCCAGUACCACCGAACGUUCAAAACGAAAACGUUACAUUCGAUAUAACUUACAGCUCUUCUAAUUUAUUUUUGGGGGGUAGGUAUUUGAAAUUUUCGAGAGAAAUGGGGCAAACCACUUUUAUCGUUAAUAAUGUAGCUAUUACUGAAUCGAGCGUACAAGAUAUCUUAUUUGAAAGUAUCAGUAAAACGUUAAGGUGUGAUGUGGGUAGUAUGACCUUUUCUGCUAGUGGUAGAGAAGAUUCGGAUACGAGAAUGUUAGGGGAAGGUAGGCCGUUUUAUAUAGAAAUAGAAAAACCGAAAUAUAGUACUAUAACCGAAAAACAGUGCAGAGAAAUCGAAAUUUCUAUUUUAAAAUCGGAUGCAGUGGUAGUUUUGAAGCUUCAACAGGUAACCCAGGCAGAUACGAAAAGAAUUAAGUUUGGUGAACAAGACAAGAGAAAACAUUAUACGGCUUUGUGUAAAACCAUGGCUCCAAAUAUCGACGAAGUUGUCGAAAUAAUUAAUUUACUGAGAGGUCCGAUACAAAUAGACCAAACGACACCUAUCCGCGUGUUACAUAGAAGAUCACAGAUGGUUAGGAAGAGGGAUAUUUGCGAGAUAAAAGCCUCCGCCGUCGAAGGACAUCCCGAUUUAUUUUAUUUGCAUCUUGUAACACAAGCUGGAACUUACGUAAAGGAGUUUGUUCAUGGUGAUUUUAACAGGACUAACCCGAAUCUAUCUAAGAUAAUCAGUUACCCUACGGACGUUCUAGCUUUGGAUGUAACGAACGUGGAAUUAGAAUGGCCUUGAAUGGAAAAAUAAUGAUUAAUCGUGUACAAUUUUUGUAAAUUAUUCGAGGAGAAUAAAAUAAAUUUGAUAAACUACAAAA